AUGGAAUCGGGAAUCGAAAUUUUGGAUGACUCAGCUGAUAGCUGUUCUGGUACCAAGUCUAAGCAAUUGACACCAGAAGAUUCGAGUGCUGUAAAGACUGAAGAAGGAAGUGCUGAUGAAGCCAAUUCUAAAUCCGCUUCAGCCGAACCUAAGAACUGGGAAUCUGAUCUUCUUCAAUCAUCAGACUUGAAGCCUUUGGACGGGUUUUCAUUUCCUUUUGUCAAAACGGAAUAUCCAAUUGACCCACUACCGCAAAGUAGAUCACUUUUGUUCAAAGGAUUGCGCUACUAUGCAAUUGGUGUUACAGCGAAUAUCAAGAAGCUGCUUUGUGACUGUUCUGCGGUUGAAGAAUCAAACUUAUCCGAGCUGGUGACUCAUGUCAUUGCCGGCAAGAACAUCAAUGUUUACAACCCAGAAGCAACGCAGGCGGCAGAUUUGUAUGACAAAACGGUAGUUCAUGAAGAUUGGGUUGAAACGUGUCACAAAUAUGAUGCUUUGUUCCCUUUGGAUCCCUACAGAUUACAUAGAAAACGAUUGUUUGCCGACAUGAAAAUCUGUCUCUCAAAACUUUCAAUGAAAGACAGACGUACAUUACACUUCCUUAUCGAACAUUACGGAGGAAAGUGCACGUUGAAGUUGGAUAAGUCCGUUACUCAUUUAAUCACCGGGACAAGUGAUGGUCGCAAAUAUGAGAAGGCAAUUAAAAUGCCGAACAUGGAAGUAGUCGCACCAGAUUGGGUAACCGAUUCGAUUAAGGCGCACCAAGCACUUUCGCCUAAAAAUUUUAGUCCCAGUAGACUUGUGGACAGCGUUGAGUCCAACUAUCUACAUGCCAUAGACUCAGUGCUUACCGGUGCAUUUUUGGGGAAAACACCUACUCUAGACUUGCACUCCGUAGAUAUUGGGUCACACAUAGCUGGACUAGUGACUAAAACAUCCCUCGGUGGAGCUCCCACUGGCCGUAAGAAACAGCUGAAAGAUGCAUCUGGCAGAUUUAAGUCAGCCGGUCUUGGAGUAAAGUCUCCUGGUCUUCUGACCAAGAAGAAGUUGUCAAAGAAUACAAAUAAAGCUGGAGGAUUUUUCGUGCCAGGUGGAAGUUUGCUAAAUCUCCAAAAGAAUACACAGUCUCUCCCUCCUGGGGGCCCUGCCUGUGUUCCAUUGUCUCCUCCGAGUGCAGUUGUGAUUCCUAGUGGGUCCCGUUUCUACGGACACGAUCCAGAGCAACACAUACCAGCCGAAUGUUGUCUCAUCGCAUGUCGGUUCCUCAUAGCUGAGGUAGAUCACCUCGCAACACCACAGGAGGUGGAGAUGUGGAAGAAAGUGAUUGACAACUAUUGUGGAAUUGUGAGUACAGGAUUCAACUCCAAACUAACCCACAUUCUCUGCACUAGCAAUGCAUGCAAGCCAUUCAAGAAGGGAAUCAAAGAGUCCAAACGAGUCGUAACUCCUUUUUGGCUCAAUGAAGUGGUGAAGAGAAAAGAAAAUUUUGCUCCUGAUGAAGCCAUAUACUUUCCCGUCUCAUUUACCCCUUCGCGAAGUGUUCUGCAAGGGAAGUGGAUCUCAAUUUGCGGAUUCACGAUUGAAGAACGAGAGAAAAUUAAACUCAUGUUAUAUACACUUGGUGUGAAAUAUUCACCAGGGUUCAAUCAAAAUUGUUUCGCUCUAAUUUGCAAAGAUUUGAACAAUGAGAAAGUGAAGAAAGCGCAAGAAUGGAGCAUACCAGUCUAUAACGUCGAGUGGUUGUCAGAUCUUUUGAUCAGAGGAAAGCAUGCUAUAGAGAACUCAUCUGCAGCUAUGUAUCAGAACUAUGAGAAGGAUGACCCGUUCAAAAUUGACGUUCUAUCGUACAGGGAACUGCAUAAGUUUAUGGGUGCGUGGCUUAAGCCAAUAAAGGUGAAUUCUGGAGAGAUCAGGAAAAAAAGUUCAUAUUGGGAGUACCUGAUGUUGAAACAGAAGCAGAUAUCAGAUGAUCCGUCUAGUGCCUGCAUCAAGAAAAGCAGACAGACUUCAGCAGCUGCUUCGGGAGAGGGAGGCACUCAAAGCAGGGAAUAUGUACUGUUCCCGCCUUCCAGGCCACUAGACCAGAUGCCGAAAGUUGUUUUUACAGGUUAUGAUUUGGAAUCAGUGGAGAAACUGAAGACGAAGCUGUUCUCACUGGGAGGCAGACUAGCCACUAGUAUGUCUGAGUGCACUCACAUAUGUGCCCCUGCAGUACUACGUACUGUCAAGUUCCUCAUUGGUGUGUGCACUGUAGACACAUUCGUCACACACAGGUGGAUUGAAGACAGCUUCGAGUGUCGCUGGUGGCAGAAAGAGACCCAGUACACUCCUGAGAACGAGCCAUUAGAAAGGACACUCGGCUUUAGACUAGUCGGAUCUCUGGAUCGUGCAAAGCAGAAGAAAUUUCUCUCUGGCUACAGAGUGUACAUAACGCCAGCGGUCGAACCAGACUUCACUACAAUGCAAACUGUUGUCGAGGCAGGAGGAGGUCGAAUGUUGCGGUUGGAACCAGAAUCAACAAACUGUCAUCCUAAUGUCAAAUCGAUAAUUAUAUCUUGUGAAAAGGACAUCCCACUUUGUUCUAAGUACAAAUCGAAAGAUGUUUCAGUUUAUUCUGCAGAGCUGAUAUUAGCCGGUGCUCUGGUUCAAGAUUUGGAUUUCGAGAGGUUUAAGUUGGAUCUCAACGCGCGUGCUGCAGCUUCUAAGAGCAGAGAUGAACCAAGAGAAGCAGUUGUGACAACGGCAUCUGUUCAAGAUAAUGACGUAAUUAUGACAGAAUUCAAUCCCGUUUUGCCUGAAAAAGAUCAAGGUCAAUCGGAAAACAGAAACAAUAGUAAUCAGGUUGAGAUGCCAGUGGUAAGCAAACCGUCGGAUAGUGAAAGCUUGAGACCGGUAGAGAAUUCUGAAAUAAUAGAAAAAGAAAAUUCUGAAAAGACAACUAGCGUGUCCAUAGAACAAAAAAUUGAAACCAUUGAAGAAACUAUGGAGAUUGAUCAACCAGCUGCUGACAAGCAACCAGAUGAAACUGAAACAAAAACGGAAACAACUGUUUUAAAUGAGACGUGUUCUGAAAAAAGCAAUAAUGCUAAAAUGACCGAAACGAGUGAAACUAACGUUGACAUAGUCUGUUCGAGUGAAAUUGCAAGUGAAAGUGCGCUUAAACAACAAAGGGAGUCUUCAACUACAGAGUCAACCAUUAUUUCAACGGAAAAAGAAAAUUUGGACACUGGGGUAAAAUGUGAAGCCCCGAAAGAAGACAAUGUAAUUCCGGAAUCAAACGCUAAUUCAAACCCACAAGUUGCCAGCGAAACCAAAGUCAAAAUGGAUUCAGAAGAAGCAAACCUAGUUUGAAAAAAAUUUCGGUUAAAUACUUAACUGGCUCUGGUGACCACAUCGAAGCCAUCUAUUAAAUGCAUAUCGAAGUCAUGUAUUGAACGGUAUUUUUUCAAAACAUUAAAAUUUUUCUUGCUUUUUUAUCUAUUUUUUCUUAUCUUUAUAGAAAUA